ACUUUUGUACAUCGAAUGUACAUAUUGUGGACUUGGUUAGAGGUUUUGAAAGCAAAGCUGAGAGUCCCCAAAUCAGCAAGGAUCAGUUGUUACAUUGAGGUGACAGUGGAUGGUCUGAACAGUGAAACAAAGAAAACUGGAAAACGAAAUGGAAACCUCCAUCCACAAUGGAAUGAGACAUUGACCUUGCAUGUAACGCCACAGAGCAAAUUGGAGCUGAAAGUCUGGAACAGUCAUACCUUGAAAAAUGAACUCUUUGGCAGUGUGACUCUUGAUGUCUGUGACAUUUUAAAGAAGAACAAUGGAAAGUGAAAGAAAGGUCCGAUUCCUCUGCUUCACUUGUCUGAAAAUCUAUCCAGAAGUCUGUGCUGAUGGAAUGUCAGAUCAGAUCAGCAAUGGGG